AUGUCGGUGGCUGUAGAGACCUUCGGCUUCUUAAUGGCAGCUGUGGGGCUACUGAUGCAGGGCUUGACCCUUCGACACAGCUCCUGGCGGGUGUCUACGGUGCACGGGAACGUCAUCACCACCAACACCAUCUUCGAGAACCUCUGGCAUAGCUGUGCUACCGACUCCCUGGGAGUCUACAACUGCUGGGAGUUCCCGUCUAUGCUGGCCCUCUCUGGGUACAUCCAAGCCUGCCGGGCCAUCAUGAUCACCGCCAUCCUCCUGGGCUCCCUGGGCUUCCUCUUGGGCAUGGUGGGCAUGCGCUGCACAAACCUUGGGAACAUGCCGACCUCCAGGAAAGCCAAGCUGGCGGCCACCGCGGGGGCCCUGCACAUACUGACCGGUUUCUGUGGGAUGGUGGCCAUCUCCUGGUAUGCCUUCAACAUCACCCGGGACUUCUUUGACCCCUUGUAUCCUGGAACCAAGUAUGAGCUGGGCCCGGCCCUCUACCUGGGCUGGAGCGCCGCCCUGCUCAGCAUCCUGGGGGGCGUGUGUCUCUUCUCCAGCUGCUGCUGCCCUCCUGAAGAUGACCUGGCCCCCAGAAUCUGGCUGCCCUCCAAGACUUCUCAGACUGUCAAGAAAUCCUCGGGCCUCACUGUCCAUCUGCGCUCAACGGCCUCGGACGCCUCCAAAGACAAUGACAGCAACUUUGGCCAAUAUGGGAAGAACGCUUAUGUGUAG